AUGGGCCCUCCUUCUCCACCUCUCUCUUCCUGCGCAUCCCCUGGCGCCUCUUCGUCUCCCCACGUCUCUCCUGCUUCGUGUCCGCCUCCGUUCUCGCCUGCGCUCGCCGCUCUCGUGCGUUUCUGCACGGACCUUUCCCGUCUGCCUGUCCCCGGCUCCGCCUCCCAUAAUCUUCUCGCUUCUUUCCUGGACCCGCUGCGGCUCUCGCCUGCUGUCUCUUCUCAAGAACCCUCACAGGCUUGUGUCUCUCCGCGCGUUGACAGCCGACAAGGCCUCGUCGCAGAGAUUUCAGACCUUCUGCUGCCGAAUGUGCUCUUCCAGUUUCGCCUCGCGACCGCCCUGUCAGACAGGGAAGUCGACACCAUUGAGAUCGCCUUCCCAGUCUCUCAGCUUUCCGGGAAAACAGGCGUGAAAGCCUUUUCCUUCUCGGCGUCUGGUGAGCAAGACAGAGCUCGCGACACAGGCGACGCCUCGUAUCCCGACCGCAUUGCCUGCCGUUCCUCCCCGGAAGCCACUGCACUUUCCCUGACUCGCCUCGCCCCCUUGUCUCUUCCUGUCGCUCGGCUGCUCCUAGAGAGUAUCCUCAUCCUUCGCGCCAGGGCUACGCCGCCUUUCUGCCGCUCUGCGGAUUCUUCUUCGCCCUCCCCGUCUCCCCUCCCCUCUGGCCCAGAGGCCUUGCAGCCUUUCCGUCUCCUCCUGGUUCUCCUUUCUUCGACGGCUGUCUCUGGACCGUCGCGGCGAGAAGGCAAGGCGGCGAAAAAGGAACGCCGACGCGAGAGAGAGAACAAGAGACGCGAAAAGGGACCGAACCCCUCCGGCGACUCUGCGACGUCUGCCUCUCCCGUCCCACGAGAGAAGACGCAGAAAGGAAAGCACGGCAAGGAGUCGCCUCGUCGCGCGCUCUCCUGGAUCGAGCUCAGCAGCCUCCAAGACCGGACCAUCACGACGAAACUCGCGUGUCGAAUCCUCGCCGAGCUUCUCUCCUCGCCUGCUUCCGAAAAAGCCUCGGAGGCAUGCCGCUUUUGUCUCCAGAAGAACCAAGUUGAGCACAGUCGCUCGCGAGACCUAGACUCUGAGAAACAGCCCAAAGCCGACGGGGAAGGCGACGCGCUUCUCUUCUCCCCGUGCGCAUGCGCUCUGUCGCGGGGAUCGCUCUGGAUUCUCGACGAACUUUGCCGCGCCCGAAACCAAGCACGAAACGCCGAAGACUUCCAGCAUGGAGAACUCGGUUUGAGCAGCGCAGAAAAGAGAGCCGAAGGCGCGGAGGGAGACAGUACCCAUGGCGCAGGCCGUGCACUGCGAGGCGGGCACGAACAAGGCGACGCAGACGAGACGGCAACGCCAAACAGCCUGGCCGCGCGAGAAGAAUGUCACCGCCUCCUCGCAGAGGCCCCGCUGACAUGCGAUGGCGCGGUCGCGCUCCUCGAGGCUUGGAUGAUUCUCUUGCAGGAAAACGGCGAGAAGACGGAGCUGCGCCGGCUGUCGCUUCGUGUCCUUCCGCUCCUCCAUGACCUAUGCACUUCGUCGACUUUCCAAGGCACGCGAAAAAGCAUCUACAGCCGCGUCCUUCCGCUUGUUCUCGGCGACGGCCUCUCCGCGGGCCAGGCGAGUCUCUUUCUUCUUUCGCUGAUUGCCACGCUCCUGGAGGGGCAUUCCCGCCUUUGCUUUGCCGUGUCGAGGUCUGUUCCUCCGCUUCCUGCUCGCGCCACCGCGCCCUCAGGGAGCCCCGAGACUUCCGCAUCUUCUGCGAACCUGCCGAGUUUGAUCUUCCCGCCUUCCUCGUGCUUCGUCGCGUCUUCCGCCGAGCCUGGAGCCCAAGGGGACGGUGUCCCGUCGGGCCCCACCGCGGGGGACGGGGCGGCUCUGGAGCCCAGUGGAGACUCUCUGCAUGCCGCGUGCUCGGCUGUCCCCCCAGCGUUUGGGAGGCACGACACCCCAGACCUCUUGCGGACGAAGAACGGCCACCUUGUGGACAGGGAAGAUGCGUUUGAUCUCGCGCUUCGCUUUCCAGACCUUUUCUUUUUCCCGCGGCUCUCAGUCACGAAGCGAGGCCGCUGGUUGUACGUUGCGAAGACCGCAGGAAACGCGACAGGCCCCGGCGAGGCCGCGAAAAACGCGCACGCCUCUCUCCAGGCUCGAGACGAGCGGUGGGCGUGGCUGUUUCAAGGCCUCGUGGACUCUACACCUCUCAAUCGAAAACGUUCUCGCGCGCUGUUGGAGCUGUUCCAGGCGACAGAGCAACAGCCUCUCCUCAGGGCGCUCCGCGCCACGCGGGGCGACAGAGAGGGCGGAAGAGACCGGGGACUCCCGAGCGGCGAGGCCGACAUACCCCCGCGGCUGGCCGCCGAGGCAGACGGGAAACUGAGAGACUUCGCGGCGGAACUGGCGCGGUGUGGGGUGUCUCCGGAAGCCCAGGAGGUGGGCUGGCAGGCCUUUGUCCAGCUGCUCGAGGCCCUCGAGGACUUUUCGCAGCAUCUGGUGAAGCAGCAGUGGAGACACAUGCGGCGGCUGUGUGCCCUGAGCGCGAAAGUGUCUCUUCACCUGCGACUCGCAUCCGGGGGGAGUCACCAGAGACAGGAGAGCGUGACUCGAGGCGGCCCUGGGCCCCACGAGAAAGCUGACGGUUCCGGAGACGCGGAGCCGGCGACGUGGCCUGGCGAUGCAGGAGAAACGUUUUGCGUUCUGUCCUUUGCCUCGUUCUCUCCGUCCUUCUUCUCCGUCGUUCACGCGUGCGAGCUCGGAGACAGACUCCGCGAAGAGGACUCCCGUUCGGCCUCGGGUUCUGGGCGUCCGAUCUCCCCGCUGGUGCUUCAACCUCUGUGGGCCGAGACAGUGUUGCGGCGGAUUCUCUCGCACGACAACGCCCUCCUCACGCGUUCGCUUCUCCUCGUCUUCCUCUCUUCGUGCGUCGAGGAGAUGCGCCUGCACCCGCUGCUCGCGCAUUGCAUGCAGCCGCAGAUGCGCCGCGCGACUUCGGCCGUCCAGCGAGGUUCUGCCGCGCGCGCCUCGGGAGACAGGGGCGAAAACCUGCGCAGCCUCCAGACGCCCAGCGAGACGCCGAGGGGCGGACGCGCGGACGAGAGACACGAGAGACACGAGAGACAGGAAGGCCUGGCGAGUUCCAGCGUGUGGACCUCCUCGUUCAAUCUCGCGGCGAGGGCGGCGGCGGCCGCAGAGGGCGGCGCCAGGCGCGACAGCGACGGGCCGCCUGAGCUCCUCUGCAUCGGCUGGGACUUCUUUCUUCACGCGCUACUCCCGAGUCUCGCUGCGUCGAACCUGUACAGUCGGAGCAGCGACAGCCACGUCGUGGAGAAGACCGUGCAAAGAUUCAUAAAGAGCCGCCUCGUAGCCGAAUACCUGAUCCAGACCUGGAGCCUGCACGUCACAGACGCCCCCUGCGCCGCCAGCUGCGGGAGGCCCCAGAUGCACGUCGCGUCUUCUGCGGAUCCUGCGUCUGGCGCCGCGCGACGUUGCCCGCCCCCGGCGAAGACGGAGAACAGCGCCUGUCUCUGUGGACCCGUCAGCGGCGCGGUCCCGUCUGCCCAAGACGCUUUUUCGUCGCUGGAGAACCUGCCGCGCGUCGUGUGUGGCCGGGCGGCAGAACGCAGUGUCGGGGAGUUUCUCGUCGCGAUGAGCUCCUGCAAUCUAACCUACACGCCGUUCCGCGUCUGGCUACAAUCGCUGAACUCGCUCGCUACUGCGCCGCCUUCCGGCCCUCCAUGCUCGCCCGUCUCGCCGGGGGCUCGCGGCCACUCAGGCGAUGCACCGGUCUGCCUGGGUCGGGGCGUCUCUCGCGAGCGUCUCCCUGCGUUUGUGUGUCUCCUGCGGCAGCUGCUCCAGCACAUUCCCGCCGUCGUUCGCGCGCCUCUAUGUUCGCGCCUUCUUCGCUUUCUCUCGCUGCAUGCGCAGCCUUCGUCGCUGUCGCCUCUCGACCUCGCGCUCCUCUUCGCCGACGCAGGAGCCGCCUUGCCCGCCCCGUCCCCUUCGCGAGGAGACACCCCACACCCGCAGGCGGAAAGCGGGAGGUCGGAGAGUGUCGGAAUAGCGCCGUCCAAUCUGGCCGUAGGCCAGAAACUUCUCCUCACGGUUUUCCCUGACGCCCGAGCCUUCCGGCGAGCUCUUCUCUCGCUCUUUGCCGUGCUUCUUCGAGACGACCCCUCGCAUCACGUGCAAGGCAGUGAUGGCCGUGGACUCUCGGGCGCCCCCGAAAAUGAGGCAGGUGCCUGCGAGGCAAAGACGCAGUUCGUCGGCGACUUCCCCAGAGAUAUUUUGUGCGAAAAAGUCGCCGUCGGCUGUCUCCGCAUGUGCGACAUGGCCCGCGGCCUCGCGACCGACUACGACGUCCAGCAGGAGGCGGCUAUGCUGCUGUUUUCUUCGCCAGCUCUUCUCCGAGUUUACUCUCGCCCCACGCUUCCGUCUCUCUCUGUCCGGUCGAAGUUGGCGGCUCUCUCAGCCUUCCUGCGCCUCCAAUGCACAGCGCCCCUCCUGUCUUCUUCCUCGUCUCGGGGGCAUUCGCAGGCGCAGGCAGAGGCUGCCUGGUUCACGGCGGAACUCCCGUCGGUUGCGAGCGAGGUCGUCGCGUACAUAGUCUGCCACCUUACAACGCUGGCGCGCUGUACGGACGAGGAUUCCUCCGGCGCGGGCGAAGACGAAACUCCACAAGGAAAUCCUCUAAGCGUGCAUGCGCUCUGCGUCAGCUUGCCCGUCUACGCGUCGACCGUGAACGCGCUGUCUCUGCUGGGUAGCCGCCACAGCGGCUGGCUUGCCCCGCUGAUCGCUCGGUGCGAAGAAAUCGUUCUCGCCUCCGGCCUUGACCCUGCCACGCAAACCUCGCCCCGACACCUUCUCCUCGUGGCGGCGGCGCUGACUCUUCUCUCUGCGGCUGCGCCCGCUCUCCUUCCUGCCGUCUCGUCUGUUUCUGCGUGUGAACGAAGCGAAGACGAUCCGACCCAGAUCGAGGCACGUGCGCAGCGCGUCUGCUACCUCUUUCUCCUCGUUUUUCUCGCCAAAGUAAAUCGCCACUUAGCUGUGCAGCGUCGGCUCGCCGCCCCCGUUUUCUGUACAGCCCAGGAAGAUAGCGACAAAGGCGACAUGCUUCUCCUUGCCACGGUUGCGGCCUCUCCCGGCGGAGCGCCUGCGCCGCCUCUGCCCCUGGCACCCUCUGAAGGCCCCGACAGCUCGUCCCCUCCCGCGGCGUCUCUCUUUGCUUUCUCGGAGGUCGGCGAGUUCUCGACGUGGCCUGGAAUCCUCAGCAGCUUCCACCGAGCCCGCGCGACGCUCCUGGACUUCCUCGCGUCCGCAUCCCUCGGUUCUUCUUCCUCUCCCGCCGCCGCCCCGUCGGCGUCUCUCCUCGGGAGGUUCUUGCAUGCGGAGCUGGGCGGUGGUUCACCGAGCGGCUCAGCGGAUCUGAGUGGCUGGGCGCCUUCUUCGAUUGACUUUUCCCCUGCGUCGCUCUCUCCCGGGUCUUGCGCGGCGUCGGUGUCGCCCCUUCCAGGCGCUGAGACUCCGUCCGCCUCGGCUCUCGACUUCUCUCGCCUUCCGCCUCGCCUCCGCGCUUCCCUCGAUGCCCGCAUGCAAGCGGCUCGGCAAGCGCCCGACGUGGCUCGGCUAGCCUCUUCGGCGGGUCUCUCAGUCUCCCGCGUCGUCGCUCUGUCGCUGAUGAGCGAGAUCGACGGGUGUCCCUCUCCAGCCCUGCCCUCGCUGUUUCGCGCGAUUCGCCGCUUUGCCCUCCCUAUGCUUCUUCUGCCGCACCAGCGCGAGGCGAGAGAAGAAACUCGUGCCCCGCCCGAGACAGCCGCCGGGACGCUCCAUUCUCUCCACAGUGUGCUGUCUGACUUCACCUCGCAGACAAAGAGAAUCAUCCUCGACCGCACGGAGACCGGACUGCCGCUCCAAGGUGUACGCGAGGCCUGCGCGGCAGUUAUCUCCCCGCUGAUGCUUGCCACAGAGAGCCUGUGCGUACAAGAGCGAAGACGCGCAGAAGCGGGAGAACGCGCAGGCGCCUCAGAAGACGCCGACACCGAGACGGAUUCGGAGGCUCUUCAAGACGCGUUCGUCCUGAACUUCGCGCGCGACCUUCUGGGGAUCGGCCGCAGUACUCUGUCUGUCUCGCGCGCUGCAGUCGUGCCUCUUCUGUCCUCCCUGGCGCUCCUGGGCCUCCACCCUGCAGCGGGUUUCUGCGGGAAAACCCCGGAAGCACCGGCUGCUGCCUCGGCUCCCUGGCGCCUGCCCAGUCCCUACAUCAAUCUGUUGGCGGAGAUACUUCUGCAUCGCGAGUUCGUUCUCCUGGACGGCGCCUCUGUGAUGACGGUCGAUCCGUUCGGCGCGGCUUACCCGUGGCGAGGGGAACAGGCAGCUGGCGACGACAGCGCCGUCGACUUGUCUUCGCCGCUCGCCGUCUUGACGUCUUCCGACCCUGCGGCUUUCUUCUUCUCGCCUGCGUCUGUCAAAUCGUCUUUGUCUCCCGCGUUCCAGCCUUUGGCCUUGCCGCCUCGGCUCCGCCGUCUUCGGCAGACGCCAGCCUUUGUCCGGCUGCUUGCCCUCUCUUUCUUUCACUUCCUCGGACAAGUCGUCUGCUCGGAACUUCCUGAAGCACCGCAGUUCGACGCGCCCCAGGGCGCGGCCUUCAGAGCGUUCGCAGCCGACCUGCUCUUUCGGGUGUCUUCGCGUCUCCUCGACGUCGUCACGCGCUCGCCGUCCUUCUCUGCCCUCGCGUCGGUCCAAGACGCAGGCGACGGCCCAGAGUGCUCCGGAACGAACAAGGCAGGCUCAACGCCUGCGAAGGACGAGGCUCCGCAGCACCACUAUCUGCCGAUGCCGAACUCGUGUCACCACAGAAUCCUUCUGCGAGGGUGGCAAGCGCUGACCUCGUUCGCUCCCUUUUUCCGAGCUGCGCCGCCCGCGUUCCUUCUCUCUCUCCACAGCCGUCUCUGGAAAGCCGUCGCGACGCCCCAGCUUGCAGACGUGCGCCACUACAUUGACCUGUUGGCGGUUCAGAUGCUGCUUCUCGCGCCUGCGCAGAGCUGCGCGCCUCUCGCCGAGCUCCUCCGAACCUUCGACGCACCCACGCAAACGCUCAUUGGCGGGCUGACGAUUGCAGGCUUCUACCUCCUGCACGGCUCCGCCUCUGGGGCCGAGGCGCAGAGCUCGCAGGCGGCGCGGGAGGAGCGAGCGCACGUCAGCGAGGUCCUUUUCGCGGCCGUCGUUCCGCACCUCACCUCGAAUGCGGCGUAUCUGCGGGGUGUGUCGCAGUACCUCGUCCACGAGUUCUUGAGAAAGGCCCAGGUGGAAGACGGAGCGGCGGAGACGGGACACGCGAGCGGACUCGACGAGGCAGGAGCCGGUGCCCCAGGAGCCCGCAGAGACGCCGGCGCAACUGACGCGCUCCGAGCGCAGAGCGCUGCGUUAGGAGGCGACAUUCUCCGCGGCUUGUACCGACAGCUGGACGAGUCGAAGGAGUGCCAGAAAAUGCGCGAGAAAUGCUCAGAAGUAUUCCUCCUCUGGCAGCCCCACAUUCUAGGGGCCUUGGAGACACUCUUGGCCGUCGGCCAAGAGGGCGACGCAGACGCACUGGACGACACAGUUAAUGAAGCGACGGCGGCCGCCCUCGCUGGAGUUCCGGUCCCUCCGCCGGCGUGUGCGUCUUCGGGGGCUUCCGGGUCGGUCUUGAACGGCGAGGGCGGGAGCGAGGCGAGUGCCGCGGUCGCGCAAACCCUCUUGGCCGACUUCGACAUGCGGCCUUCCUGGGCCUUGGCUGUUGCCCUCAAGGACGCCAUCAAGGAGGAGAUGGGCGUGGCGUGGCACGGCAAGGCACGUGCGCCGGAGACGCGAGAUCCAGCGCUCGCCUCUCUGGAGACGCAUGCAGAGAAGGACGUUGACGAGAAGGGCACGAACGGCGGCGGAACGGAAGAAAAAGGGCUAGACGGCGAGAAGCAAGAGCUCGUCUGCCAGCGGAAAUUCGUCCCUCAACACCACCAGCGAUACGAAGAAGAGAAGGGAAGCGAAGAUCUCCUUUCUUCCUGGCUGUAUGUCGGCGGCGAGGGUGAGACGCUGCAGCGAGAACUGCGACAGAGAGGCGACCUGAUUGUUGUCGCCUCGCUGAUCGACAAAGUUCCCAAUUUGGCGGGUCUGGCGCGCACCUGUGAAGUCUUCGAUGCCAAGAAGCUCACCAUCCACAAUCUCGACAUCCUCAACGACCCGCAAUUCAACACGAUUGGCGUCUCUGCCCAUCGCUGGCUUCCUAUCGAGCAGGUUUUGUGCGUGGGAGGCGACUCUGGAGCGUCGCGGCAGACGCAGGAGCUGGUCUCCCGAUUCUGUGUACCGACCGGCGACGUCGGAAGUCUGACGUCUGAUGAAGGGGGAAGCGGCGCCCAUUCCUUCUCAUUCAAAACAGCGACGGUGUCCGUGACUGCCGAGCCGACUGUCACUGCAGCUCUGGCUACCUCACUUGUGCUGUUCCGCUUCCAGGUAGCUGCAGACAACGUGGGCACGUACUUGCUGGACCUGAAGUCCAAGGGCUACACCGUGGUUGGAGUUGAGCAAACGGGUUCUUCGGAAAUGCUCGAAAACGCCACGUUCGAACGCAAAACCGCCUUAGUGCUGGGCGCGGAAAAAGAAGGCUUGCCAGCUGCUCUCUUGGCCCUUAUGGAUGCAUGCAUCGAGAUUCCCCAACUCGGGCUCAUCCGGUCUCUCAACGUACACGUCACAGCCGCAAUGGUUGUGUGGGAGUACACGAAACAGCACGCGCUUGGAGCGUAA